UUCAAAUCUCCCUCACACGCGGUUACCAAGGCAAGAUUAACGAAAACAAAGAUGGCGGCAGAAAGGAGGUCCGCGAUGUCUGCCGAAACGGCUCAAUCUCCUACAUUUAUGAAAAACAUUUCUUCAAGACCCGGUUCGAUUUCUCCCUCAGUAACUCCUUUUUCUGGUACCUUAAUGGAGCUGGACGAAUACAGGUAGAAACCCUUAUUUUGCUUGCCUUUUUUGCUUUGCUCCGGAGCAGCUUGACUUUUGACGUAACCGCAGGCUGUGAAGAGUCAAAGUUUAGGAUCUGUUAGUGUUGUGAAGGGCAGAUUUCGAGCAUGAAUUUUGCUCGAAGGUGUUGUUAUGACAGAAAAAAGAAUGAUAACAAGAAAAAUUAUCCGGACAAGUUCGACCAAAAACUGUGUAAAUUCUAAUUGUUGUUCUGUCAGAAACAGCUGACAGUCUUGAAUCCUUAAUCUGGCGGUGUUUUUGUCUUUAAUUACCAAUAUCUUUUAUACUGGGAAUGCUGGGAAUCGAUUAUUUGACUUUUUGCGUUUCAUUUCCUAUCGCCCUGGUUACAAAUUUACCCUAGGCCUUGGAGUUUACAUUUUUUGAAUCACGUUUAAGCUUAUAUGACUUGUGCACUAUCUGUUCAGUAAAUCGCGUGUACAUGUAAACAUCGUCUCACAUCAUAAUUUAUUUAUUACUAGUGUCUCUGUUUGUGUCGUGUAGUAACUUUUCAAAGACUUGCAGCAUCUCUCAAAACCAAAUUAAAAAGCAAUAUUAAGCAAGCAAGAUAAAAAAUAAAAACAACAACAACAACAAUAUUUUCCAAUACACAGUGUCUCUGUGUGCUAUAAAGGAAGUCACAGUUAAAUAGGUCAUUUACUGGUUCGUAGGUCUAAGUUAUGUAACCCAUCAAAAUGUUCACCCACUGUUCUCUUUUUGAUUUUUACAGACCAUCAAUUGCAGAUCAGGUUCAUAUUGGCUAUUUCAGUCAGGACAGAUCAUCACAGACAGAAGUGUCUGAGGUUGCACAGCUUAAAGAAAUGACUGAAGUGCUUCAAAAUCUUGUUAGGGUAAGGUUUAAAGUGAAAAAUGCAUGCAAAGAUUGAGAAAAAGAUAGUGCUUUGACCUCACAAUCUACACUGUACAAUGUAUAGUUACAUCCUUUCGUUACCUGCUGUACCACACAGUGAAUAAUAAUAAUUAAUACAGCUACAUUUAAAUGGGCCUUAGUAAUCAUAAUGGCAAGUUAUUAUGACACUUAAUAUUUUUAUGCUGUGUAUAAAUCAUGUUUUACAAAUUUUUGAGGGUUAAAUACCUUGAAUUUGAUGCAUGUAUGUUAGUUAGAACUGUGGUGCUUGAAAACUUGUUUGCAAUAAAGUGUUAAUAAGAAGAAACUUGCAAGACAAAGAUGCUUCUUUUCGUGCAUGUCUUCCCUGUCCUCAUCUUCUGAUCUGCACAGCAAAGAUGUGCAUGUGAAGCAGCAUACAAGUUAUGAUGACACUGCUUGACCUACGCAAGCUUAAAACUAUCCUGACAAUCAUAAAUCCAGAUUGAAGUGCCUAAAUGUGGAAGGUCACCCAAGGAAUCACAGGAAACUCAAAGACUAGUGUUCUAUACUUACCUGGGGGCUCGCAGCAAUGAGACCAAGAUGGCCAGCCAUUACAGCAAGCAAUCAGUCUUUAAUGAUAUUACAGACUGCUGGCAUGUUCUUUCUUAAAUUAACUUUGACAAUUAUGAGGGGGGCGUAGGGGUUUGCGGUAUUGCGGUAUUGGGCUAUUUUUGGUGCGGUGUUGCAGUAAUUUUUAUUUCAAAGUACGGUAUUGCGGUUUUCAGAGUCCAAGCGGUGUGCGGUGAGUUUGAAUUUUAUAUCGCGGUAGUCGGUGAAAAAAUCGUUGUGUCGCGGUGAUCUGCUUCUUUUUCAUGACAAGAGGAUACAAAUCCUAAAAGGUCUCCCUAGCUAGCCUGCGUGACCUGCCUGUCUUCCUAUAGUUGCACAGUCGGGGAUCGUAUACAGCUAUUUCCAGAAAGGUUGUCGGAAAAAAAUGUGCACGCAACAAUCCCGAAAGGUAAUAUGGGACAUGAUCAAUACUCUGUUCCUGACACUGUAGCUGUCGAAACUACUUUUGUUGCUUUACUUUAAAACUCGCAUAUAAUUAUACUUUACUGGCCUCUCGUGCCAUUCUUUCAAUUUCUUUGAAGAACAGUGAACGCAAAACCACCCACAAUACCUUUCAGGAUUGGCACGUGCACUUUUUCCGACAACCUUUCUCGAAAUAGCUGUAUAUAUAAUUGCACAAACAGUCCGGCCAAGACAAAUCGUAUGGCUUGUAAUUUCAGUGAAUACUUGACAUGAUUAGCGACAUUAACUUUUUUAUCCAAUGAUACGUAAACAUGUCGCAUUAUUUAUGACCUCGUGGACCCUGUGGGAAUAGUCAGCUUGAUUAACCUCCUUACCAAUCUUACCGCCAUUUUCAUGCCAGUCGCGAAACAAUGUAGCCUCCCCGCAGACGUCCUUUGCGGUUCGUUGAAAUGAAUGCGUGACAAACGAACCCCAAAGGACGUCUGCGGGGAGGCUAGAAACAAUGGCGAGCGAUCCAGAGGGUCAACUAAGUGAUCAGUCAGAUAUUCCAGCAAAUAGUGAGGUCAGUGAGGUCGUUAUAAAUUGCUUAGUGUCGAAAGAUAAUCUAUAACCUGAGAUGGUGUGGUCUAAAAAAUUUUUAUUUUAAUUACUGCUCGUCCUUCUCGUUGUGCGUGCAGGAAUAUAAAAUGUACAAGUAUUUGUGUGUGCUUAGUGUACGUAGCAUGGCAGCCCGGGGCACAGGAAAAAAUAACGGAUUCCCAUUUUUGGGUAUUCUAGGGUAUUUAAAGAAUACCCACAAAAGUCCCAAAUUUGGAAGAGUGAGACAAGUCCCAAUCUGGGAACUUAGUUGGGAAUUCCCUGGUUGGGACUUGUCUCACUUUGCCAAAUUUGGAAUUUUUAGGGAUAUUCUUCAGGCCUGGGUAUUCUUUAAAUACCCUAAAAUAUCCAAAAAAUGGGAAUCCAUUAUUUUUUCCUGUUGGGGGUGGGGGAGGGUUCUUCCUUAUGAGAGGCUAAUGGGGAUGUGCCGCUGGAUGGGGUCGCAUUUUCAAGAGAGUUACUAGAAUGGGGUCCACGCGCAUUUUCUGAAUUUCUGGGGUAAGACAGUUCUUCAUAUUCAAGGUUAGCAAACGUACCGGAAUGUUUGUACUGUAGAUGAAAAGUAAAGUGUUCUUCAUUCAAUCUAAAAAAUGGUCAAUUCAUAAAAAUAGAAAGUGAAUAAGCUGGGGCCUAUAACUGGCCACAGAAUAGACUAUAAUGGGUUAGGCGCUCUGAGGCCAGCGGCACAUUAGCAAAAAUUAACCCAAGUAUCCCUGUUGUAUCAUUUACGUAAACGUGUACAUGUAAUGAACAAAAUUAAGUGCGAUGAUCUUAUGUUUAUCGCACGCUUGACUUCGAAACACUGACACAAAAGUAUUAUUUCUAUUUGAAAGGAGGAUUUGUAGUAUUGACAACGUCAACUUUUUCCCAUUUGUAACUGCGGUUUCAGUAUUUGGCUAAACUUUGAUGCGGUAUUACGGUAUUCUCGCGCUACCAUGUGCGGUAUUGCGGUAUUCGCACCCCCCUUACGCCCCCCUCAAUUAUAAUAGCCUGUUCCUUGAUAAUAACCACUUUUGUGAUCAUCACUGAUUUUUCUUCAAUGCCCAAUCUUUUUAGGACAUAGAGACUUUAAAAAGGAGUUUGCACUAUGCAAAACAUGUUCUUCAGGCUGAUUAUGAAAAUAAGCUUCAGGAAAGGGCUUUGGACUUGUAAGUAUAAUCUUUCUAAUUGAGCAUGUGUUUGAUUCAUUUUCCACCAUACAGACUGUAUUUUAAUAGUGGCCUUUUUGAACAUUGUCAUUGACAGCAAUAACUCCAUGCCUCCUUUCCCUACAUGAAAUCAUCAAAAGACAUUCUAGGGUUUUUUGCCUCCUUGUAAAGCCCAUCUUUGCUGGGACUUCUCUUCGUAAUACUGAACUAUUGAGUCUUUUGCUGCAAGUAUAUUUCAUCAAAUGAUCGACACAGCUUAUUUCAUCUUCAUUUUCAUGGUGAUCAUAUUUUUGUGUCAAUUACACUGUAUUAGCUUGGAUAUCCAAACUCAUACUUACAAUCUGAGUGUAUGACAAUCAUUAAUUAACAUUGGAAACAUCUUUUUUCUAUAGAUAAACUACACAAUUCCAUUAACAUUAUGCACAGAUUUAAUUAGUGCGCUCAAACUUGUCACUUGCAGAUAUUGUAGAGUAAAUGACCGAAUUCUGGAGUUGGAGAAACAACAUGAAGAGGUUAGUGAAGUUGAAGGUUAAAUUCCCUGCAUUGUAACAGAAGAUCUGUGUUAAUAUUAAAGUAAACCAUUAUUUGAACAAAAGAAUACACAAAGCUGAAACAGAAACUUUCAGGGUUCGCACAGAGUCUUGAAUUCUUGAAAAGGUCUCAAAAAUAGGUAGAAAGUCUGGAACAUUUUUAAAAGGUCUUGAGUUUUUUUUAAAGCUACAUUAAUUUUACAAAAAGUGCUUAAAGUGAAUUUUCUUUUUGUUUUAGUCAAUUCUUAUUCAAUCUCACCCAUAUGUUUGCAGCGAACCACAAAAAAACUUUGUUCCCACAUUUUCUAAGGUCUCUAUUGAUCUCCUAUGUGAUAACCUUGAGUCUGGAAAAAGAAAUAAUUAUUGUAUUGGAAAAAAAGUCUGGAAAAAGUCUUGAAUUUUGGAUCCAAAAAUCUGUACAAACCCUGAACUUUGCUCUGAAUAAAAUGUCAGUGCAAAUAGUCCUAGAAUUUCAUCUUGCAUCUCAGACAAGACAUGUAUACAGCUGUAAUAAAUAAAAGUAUGGAAAAGUUAACCCAUUUACCCCUGAGCCUGGGGGUACUGCCAUAUAUGGGCUAUAUAGGUAUGUGCCGUUGUGAAGGGUAUGGUUUUCAAGCUGUUUACUCUAGGAUACCUAGGGUAUAUAAAUCAGAGUGUAGGGUAUCAUUUUUCAGGAAACUGAUUAGUUGGUUGAAGAUUUUAUCUAGACUAGGGAAACAGCUACUCUAGGAUAGGGGGAUUUGGGGAGUUUACUCUAGUAUGGGGUAGCAAAAUUCAGCUGAAUUAGCUCUGGUAUAGGUUAAGGGUUCCAGGGUCCCAGCGGCACAUCCCCACCCAGAAAUUCCUAAAAUACCUCCCCCCGGGCCCCUGAGCCAACUAUAACCGCCUGUGCAGAUCCACGUCCUUUCUACCACUUGUGAAAUCAUCAAUUUUGAUUGUCCAGGAUAGCUUUGUAUGCUAACUUGUACAGAGUGAAGAGUUCAAAACAGGUUUUUCAGCAAAAUCUCGGGGGGCUAAUGGGUUAAAUUGAUUUUUUUUUUAUAAUAUAGAGGAUAUCACAUGGCCGUGCAGAGAUACGAAAUUUCUCUUUGAGUGUGUUGUUUUUCAAUUUUAUUAUAUAAACACCGAUGAACUACCAAACCAUUUCACUUUAAUAGUUUUUUGGUGUGAAAGGUGCGAUUUAUUAUGUAGUCAUAGCAACGGUGAUAUUUUCACAUGUGCAGAUAACAUGUUAUUUUCACGUGUGAAGAUAUCAAGUUUUCGUCCGAAAGCUUACCUGGUAUUUCAUUGGUGUUUAUAUAAUAAGUACACGUAACUGCUGUAUCAUGAGGCUGGGCAACCUGUGCUAUAAUUUGUUAUUUAAGUUAAUUUGAUUUUUUCAUAACCACCCUUCUAGUACAUGCAUUGUGGCCGGUAUUACAUAGAGGUUUAAUAGAUUUAUGAGUGUCACUAAUAAUUUACAAACAAGUAAUCAUGGUUCUACACCUGAAAUUUUUCCUUUGUCCAUGUUUCUAGCGCGUGAAUGUAAUCAGAAGAAGCUAUCGCCAGCAGCUUGCGGAUGCCAUAACUCAAAUUUCUAACCAGCAUCAGGUAGAGACAAAAUGUCAAUAUUACUGCAUUUUUGUCGUCUCUUGAGACUUGCCCUUAACUGUUUUAAGCUCCAAGGUGUCUUUUUGGUGCAGUAAUCCUGUUAUCAGGGUUCAUACAGUGCCUUAAAUUCUAGAAAACGUCUUUGCCCAGCAAUUUUCCAGACCUGGAAAAAGUCUGGAAAAUGGAAAAAAGUCUCUAAAAUGGUAAAAAGCUACAACAAGUGCUAUAUAAGUGUUUUGGUCAAACCCUAUUCAAUCUCGCCCAUAUGUCUACAGUGCAUCAUGAAAAAGGCUCUGUUCAUAUUGAUCACCUGUUUGAUGGCCUUGAGUCUGGAAAAAGAAAUUAUUGGUUUGGAAAAAAGUGUGGAAAAAGUCUUGAAGUUUGGAUCCAAAAAUCUGCGCGAACCCUGUGUUAUGUAGUGGGAGAAACAUGCAAAGAGACCUUGAGUGCUUUCCAUUUAGACCAAAAUUCUGGAAGUUUUGUUUAGAAAUCAAAUGAAAUGGACCAUUUCGGUUUGGGCCGACUGGAAUAGUAUUUCGGUUAACUUUUAUCCACUUGUCCCUUUUAUUUCCAUUUUUUCUCCCAGUACUGCUGCUUCGUAUCUUACAAGUACAAUAUGGAAGACCCCAGGGAAUCUCUGUGCGAAUCCCCCACCCCCUAUUUUUAUACCAAACUGAGGCCAGUAGGGCCGAAAAGAUAUUUUUUAGACCGCCUUCAAUUUUUAAGUGACGUUUUCGUAGCCGUCGCCGCCGCCGUCGUCUUUGUUUAAGCUCCCUGUUACAUGUGAAUAUUAACAUUUGUUACGUCAGUAACAUCUACUGUGUGUCCUUGAAGGCAUAUUACGCAAAGAAAAGCAAGAAAGACAAAGCCGUGUACUCUGAAAAUCUCAAGAAGGUACAGGAGGAUGAUGAAGCGAAGAAAAAAGCUCAGCAACAACAAGACUCGAUUAUAGAGAUGAUGAAAAUGCAGAUGAGAGACGCUCAGGAGAGAGCCGACAAACAACUUGAGGAUGCGUUAAAUAGACCCAAGUCUGUGAGCAGCGUAAGCACCGACCCAGAGAUUUACGAGCUGCGAGACGAAGUAGAUAAACUGGAGAAUAAAUUGGACGAUAUGAUGAAUCAGUUGGAUGAAAAGGAAAAUGAAAACAGACGUUUAGGUGAGUGGCAAUUCAAGCUUGUUGCACGUCACUGUGACGUCACGGAAUUCUUGGUUGGCAACCACGUGACAAGGCGGCCAUGUUGGGGGUCAAUGCAAUAAAAUUUUUUCUCGAAGAAUUAACAUGAAAAUAGAGUUUAAUUCCCAUGGGAGAGAAAUGCUUGACUGCCAACAUGGCCGCCGUGACGUCACGUGCAAACCAGUAAUGCCACAACUUAUUUACUACAUAAAACUAAGUUGGGUUUAGUUUAGAGUGGGUCAUUGUAGGAUUUUCUUGAUUUAAAAAAUAAUGGAGCACCAAGUUUAUGAAGUGCAGCGAAUGGGACACCUUCAGUUUCUUUACAGUAUAAACAAUCUUAUCCCGAAGUUCAGUGAUUAGGGUUGGGAAAUCGAGUGAGUCAAGUUUCAGGUCAGUUUUUCUAGUAUAAUGACCCUAAAUGGAACCUAAUUCACUCAGUUUCCUAACCUUAAUCACUAUGGUUCCGCGGCAUAGUCCAUUUUAGGGUGGUCCAUUUGGGGAUCAGUGUUUUGUCCACCACCUUAAAUCUUAGUGACUGUCCCAUUGAAGUAAUUCCAUUUUCUUUUUGAAAUCAUUGUAGCAAGUGAUAUUGAUGAUUUGAGCGAACAGCUGAAUGGAGAACGACGUCAAGUUCAACAGGUACGUUGCCGCCCUAAAAGUGAUCCCCCUUCCUUGCCUUUCUUCCAGAUUUAAGGACCUAACUGUCACGGCUGUUUAGUUCAUUGUGUUAAUGUAAAGUGUUUUCACUGUCACGCAGUGAAAAAGUAACUUUGAAACCGUUGAACGAAAGAAACCAAGAAAAUGAAUGCUUAAGACUCAUAAAUAUGCAAUGUAUCUGGUCUGUGCGACGUACCGUUUUUUUAUUUUUUAUUCUUUUAUUUUUUUAAAUGAAAGAUUCUACGGGGCUGGAAACUUCUACAAAGAUUUAUUUUUCGGUCACCUUCAACCUUGUGUACAUAAGAAUUUAAAGGGCCUCGCUAUCUUGUUGUUAGAAUUCGAUGACGUCAUGGUGAAAGCAUUCCAUAGCCAGUGACUAGUAUUUAUUCGCUAAGAGCCUUAACGUUAGCGAGGUACGUUCACUCAAAAUGGUGUUUGAGUUAUACGUGACCCUGACAGUCCCUUUAUCGCCCUUUUUACAUCUGUUGCUCUCUUCUCGGCUCGGUGUGCUUCACCUUAGAUCAGGGUCAAUACAGUCCAAUUUAACACUUGAUUUGGCCCAGUGCAUGUGGGCUCGAAUAGCCUUUUGAUGGAGCUGAUUUCGCCUAAAUUGUGCUCAAAUGGCUCCAGGGUGGGUCGAAUCAGACUUUGGCCUGCAGGGCUGUAUUGGCACUUUGGGGCUGAAACAGAUCUUUUUGAUUUUCAGUUUAUGUAGCAAGCACUCGUUGUUUCGUACGCACUAAUUAUGUCUUCCUAUACAGAUCGUAAUCCUCGUCUUAACUAAAGUUUGGUGGUUCUUAUAAGCACUGCGUUCAGAAAUGCCAAAUCUCAACGUGCCUUAAUGGUAGCCGGAAGUUUUCUCAACUGAAUAACCAUGAUUAAACAAUUUUAUUUUCAGUUAAAGAAAGAGCUUUCUGACGCAAUCUUGGCAGCCGAACACGAGAGGAACACUUUCAAAGCUGAGGUUUGCAAGCAUUUUGAAAUUUUGUUUUAACGUGAUAAUGUCUUGUUUGUUGUUAUUUAAUUUGCGAAAUAAACUUACCGUGAGAAGGAACAGUAUACCCAUAGUUAAUUUGCUUUUUAAAAGGCAGAUUUGUCGAAAACGAUUUUUUGAAACUAUAAUUAUGUUUUUGAAAUACGUGUAAAUAUGCAUGUACAGUGGAAAUCUCAUAUUCUGAUAAAUAUCAAAAUAAUGCAGGUAAUUUUAUUGAACAAAUUGAGAAAAAUAUAAAUUUUAAAAAAAGCAUGUGUAAACAUCUGAGAGGUAUCUCAUGCAGACAUAUUGAUAUAGUUAAAAUUUAACCAUUGCCAUAAAUUAAAUCGAGAUAGUUUACUGUUUAAAGCUUAUUUCUUUUAGUACAACAAAACAGCUCAAGGAUCUUCUAACGAGCUCGAUGGUCACAAAAAAGUGGAUCACGCUACGAUGGUCUUUCUUGUAAGAGAGACAUUUAUCAUUAGUGCUAAAUGUAAAUUUGUUAACUCAAUAACUUCUCAUUUAAUCUUCUUUGAAUGUUUUAGUUGUAAGUAUUAUAAGAUUAAUAAAGAGAAAUAAAGAGAAAGAACACAUAAUAUUUUUUUCGGUGACAUGAAGAGGCCACUAAAGACAUUGAUCCGAACUGACAGUAAUCUCCGUAAGGCAUAAAUGAAAAAGAGACGUAACCAUGAAGUAAAAUUGAAUGAAUUCUUAAGCAUAUAUUUUUGACAAAAUUGAUCAACAAAGAUUCCCUAAAAAGAACAAACAACAACAAUAAUAACAACAACGUGCCAUUUGUCGCCUUAAGCUUCUUGAAGAAAUUAACCGUAAAGUCUCAUGCAUCUGUUGUAGACCUUCAAAACUAGCUUUUAUUACGUUUUUUUUAUUACGCGACUGUAUUUCUCUCAACGAAAAACAGAAAGCAAAACGAAGAUAAUCUAAUAUUAUUUGUAAAUAUGAAAAUUUAAUUGACCGCCGUCUUUAAAACUGAUGAGGUCAAAAGAGGUAGAAGGGACGUGAAUCCGCGCGGGCGGUUCAGGGGCGAAUGGGUUAAACUCUGCCCUCAAAUAAAUUCCACAGCCAAUCAGAAGAAUGCGGGGAUAAUAAUUAAUAAAUAUUAAUAAUUACUAAAUAAAUAAUAAACAAUAAAUAAUGUAUCAUAGUGAUAAUUAAAAGGCCAUAAGGAGGAUUUGCAUGUAAAAACGUCAGAGUUCCCAUGUGAAAACAUAUCACCUUAAAAAAAUAAGUUACUUUGAACAGUUUGUGAGAUGAGUAAAUGUUAAGUUUGAAUGUAACGCAUUUUACCCGUACCUUAUAUUGACAGCUACAAAGGCAGAAAAUUCAGCUUCAAAAUGAGAUGGAUGCCAAAGUCCAGGAGACCAAGAACAAUGUAAGUACGGUCGGUGGGAUAGUUAUGUAAAUUGCUCCAUCCAAUGCUCCAACAAACACAUACUCUGUUGGAGUAAGGCCUAGGCUAAACGUCGAACUUUUCAUGAGAUGAGUUAAGUUCAUGAAAGGUUGGACGUCUGGCUCAGUUAAGUUCGUCUGAAUGAGUUUGGAUCGUCUAACACGUUCUAUCCGUCUGCUUCAGACGGAUAGAACGUCUGAAGAUCGUCUCCGGGAAAAAUGUCGAUCUUUACAUGCAAAGAACUAAACUAAUAAAUUAAAAUUUCUAUGAUAAUGUAUGUUUAGCCGUGGCUCGGGAGAAAAUGUAUUACUGAACUGAUUCAGUUGAUUGGUUCGACGCGUCGUAAGUUCGACGUCUGACCCAACAGACGAUCUGCACUUAAUUUUGGUCGACCCAAAUGAGAGUCAACACUUACUUCUCACUUACCGGUAGGUUAAAAUGUUGGCUUAGGGGAGGGGUAGGUGGACAGUUUCCUUUAAUGGUACUGAUUUUUUAUGUUUUGACAGUUAAUGGCAGCCUCAAAGAAGCAAGUCGAAGAGCUACAGCGGGCUCACGACCAAAAGAUCAAAGAGCAAAAAAUUAUUGAAGAGAAAAGAAAACUGAUGGAAAGUCAGCAAAAACAGGUACUGUAAGUAAUGAGUUGAGUCGUCUAUUGUUGUAGAAAGAGCACAGUAACAGUUUGAAAAGUACGUUAAUGUUCGAAAUAGACCAUGUCUGAGUUACCCCAAGCCCUUCCUCCAGGAUAAUAUAGGGUAAAUGCAAUAUCUUUGAAAUAAAAAUACCUUUUAGUUGUACUGCAAAUGAAAGUCAUUCUCAUGCCAUGUCCACAGGAAUCUGUACUUUUUUGAAAUCGCACAUUUUUUUCCGGAUUCGUGUGAACACUAAAGCACUCUAGAGAGCGGUUUCAGAAAAGAUGCGGUUUCAGUGAGCGGAUUCACUGGUUUCGUGUGGACGGAAGGCCAAUUCACUUAUAAGACACAGUACGGUUUCAAAAUUAUCCGGAUUCGUGUGAACGGGGCCUCGCAUGAACUGUGUGUUAGUUAACCUUAUUUUGAGAGUGAGGGUUUUGGAAACUUAUAAAUAGCCUAUUGGCUUCUCGACAGGUAUGUAGACCGAUUUCCGUGUCGGUAUAGUACAGUUAUGCAUUUUCUCACACAAUAAUAUUUUUUUUAGUUGUAUUUUACACUUUUGUUGUCCUAAGAGCAUUAAGAUAAGGCCUGCGUUAGAAAUGGUCUUAUAUGGUAUUUGUUAAUUGAACUUGGAAUAUAACAUAGUUUAAUAGUUAUUGCUCUCAAGAAGUAUAAUGUUUUAGUGCAGUCAGAUAUAGCAACGUAUAAGACUGUGGGAAACUAUAAGGGAGUGUGGUGUUUAGACCCCUACUUCCACAUACACACAAACACACACACACACACUAAGUGUUGGGUGCGGGUUUUACAAUACCAUUUUUUUCUUUCCAUUUCACUUCGCUUUUAUGACUGUAUUUAUUAUCAAAGGAAUUGUUCUUGUUGGCUAAUGUAAGAUCGCACCACAUUUGAAUCGGUUGAGCAUUGAACAUUUAUCACGUCGGUCAAUGCUGCUGUGUUGAAUGGUUUCUUUAUCGUAUUUGAUAUCCGUCAGUUGACCAUUGAAGCUCCUCCAGUGUCAGAAGACAGCAGACCUUAAAAUUGCGAGACAGGUGUUGACAAAAAUUUGAAAGGUGUUUCAUGAAGUUGCUCAAAAUAUAUAACUUCUCUGUCACUGUGCCUUGUCACGCAAUGAAAUAGACGUUAGCCCGUCACGUGAGGAAUGGAAGAAAAUCUCUGUAGUCAUCCUUGUCGUGCCAUACUUGGAAACAAAAGGAAGUUAGCCAGUCACGCGAAGAAUGGAAGAACUGUCAGAUAGCCACGUUACCAGUUUAAAUGCAAGGAGAUAGAGAGGUCAUUUUCCAGGCAGAAGUUUAGCAGUGAGAUCAAUCCAGACGUUGAGUUGUUUACUGACAUUCUUACUUAACACAACUAACCUGCACUUUGCAUUUGCACUGUAUUCCGUUACAUACGUCAUACGCAUCUACACCAAAAGUCAUCCAUUCCUGCACCGUCCAUAACCGGAAGUAUACUCACUGAACGUACCACUGUGGCCGCAAGUGGGUUCACAGACCGGCGCCCGGCAUAUGGGUCGGGCUUGAUGGCGUCCAGGCUCUAUCGAAUGGUAAGACUUAGACUGGGUCAUAGCUCAACGUCAUUGCAUUGGACUAUCGACACCCCCCCCCCCUCCCCCUCAUGUGACCGAGUUUUCUGCCCAUUAUAUUCAUGCCAGUUCCAUCCAUAAGGAUUCUUUUGGGCAGUUUUUAUCUGGCCGUUUCCUAACUUGAGAACUUUUCAAUUUUAAUCUGACGUUUUUAUCUGGUCGUUUCCUAAAUUGAGAACUUUUCAAUUUUAAUCUGACGUUUGCCGGGAUUCCAUGAAACUAUUUCAAAAUUGGUUGAGGAAAAAUUAUUCUAAAUUCAGUGGUGUAGUAGGGUAUAGUACUUCACAUAAAAAGUCAGAAAACACUCCUGCUCGUUUUUUAAACAGUACGUUAAGUUUUAAGAUGAAUGUAUCUUUAGCCUUAAUAACUGAGUACUGUUAAAUAAAGCGUCAAACUGUUCUUGUUUACUGUCAGUUUGAAAGAAAGAAAGGUGCAAAGUUUACGCCCCAGGUUCACGUACCACAUAUCACAAACUAAACGUAGACAGAACCUGUAAAAGCUGACCUUAUGAAUUGAAGGCUGCCCUGAAGUAACGGUGCAAACAUAAUCGCAAGAAAAACAAAAAAUUCAUAUUUCACCAGAAAAACGGGUGUUUCUUGGUGUUGCGGAAAUCAUUGUUGGCGUGUUUUUGUGUUGUGUUGUGGCGUGGGUAUUAGGCUGAUUUAGCAAUAGAACGGGAACGUCAGUUGACGACGGCGUGCGCAAAUCAAACAACUGGCUUGACCAAUAGCAGAGUGGCAAACACCCGUCCGUAACACCAAGAAACUACCAGAAAAACUGCCACGAUGCCUGCGUUGGCGUUCGUGUCGCUUGACCGUUUUCGUUGCCGGUAAAAACGUGGCUUAUGUCAUUUCAAAAUACUACACGCGAGUGCUGCUUGAACGGUUUUUAGAGAAGAAAUAGAGACCUUUUCCAGGAUGAGGACCGCUACGAGGACGAGAUAUGACCUGAAGUUGUUGUUGUUGUUUUUUUUUUGUAUUGUCAAAUAAUGGACAACCCGGAAUGUUUCUUUUUACAUAUUUUCACACAAACGUUAACACGGUUAUUUUAAUUGAAGAUGUUAAAGUCCUCUCCUAAUCACAAAAUGAUAUAUCUCUUAACAUUUGAUAACUUAUUUUCGCCACUACAACAUUUCCGCUAAAACCCUUAGUAGAAUGACGACGGCUAUUGCGUUUUCCCGCCAAAAUGACACUGGAUCACCUGUGUGUGCUACUUAGUAUUGAGAAAAUUUCGUUCUCAUUGUCUUCCUCGUCUUAGAAUCUAAAGGUCCCUAAUGUGUCUUGAGGGUGUCACAGAAAGUCGGCAAUAAUUCACUGCUGCUAUCGACUAGCCUACAGUAUGAUACGAAGUAAUCGGGGUUUGGUUUGUGGCGAAAGUCCACUUUAUAAAAUUGGUUUCGACGCGUGGAUAAUUUCAUUGACACUUGUCACCGCUUUUUGGGCUCUGUUCACUAGAACCACGUCUCAUUUCUAAUUAAAAUCAUCAUCUGACUCUGCUUUACUUCCUUAAUUAAUUCUCACUUUAUGUAAAACGUUCUUAUUAUUUAGGAUAGACCUCAGUUGAAUGAAUCUGAGAAGGAUGAUCUGUUAAGAAAAUUACAGAAACUGGAGAAAAAACAGCAAGCUGAAAUUCUAAGGCAAGUACAACAGUGAAAAUGUGACUGACUUUACGGGAGAACAGUGAACAUUUGGGGAGGUUUUAUGUUUUUGUUGUGGAACCAAAUGUUUAUAGGUUCGGUUCCGGUGUUUUUUUUUUGUUUUGAGCCGCCUGUCCCUCACUUAAAAAGUCAUCAUUUUUCUUGUGUUCAGUUGGCCAAAGCGGGAAAUACCAUAAUAUUGUUUAAACUGCCGUUUGGGUGGGGCUUCAUGUAAACCUCACUUUUGCAUUAUCUGUAGGUUUUUGCAUGAACUGCACUUGCAGUGUAUGCAUUGCACUUGCAAAUGGUGCAGAGAAACAGAAGGUAUUGUAAAAGUCGGCUUUACAUGAAGCAUUACCCCAAAUGGGAAAUUAAAGAAUAUCAUGCUAUUUUCCUCUUUACAUGAAGCAUCAGCCCAAAUGGAAAAUUAAAGUUUUCCUCUUUCAUGCAGGAGAAAUAAUCUUUAUGAAGAAAACUGUCUCAUUUUUAUACUCGAUCCUGGUAAUUCCGAGCAUUAAAUGCCGAAAAUCAUACUCUUAGCAACGACACGUAUACCCUGCAUAUAACUCGUUGGGUAAAAGCACCAACUGCUUUCGAUUUCUUUUAAUAAUGUGAGAUGCUGAAUCCCAAUAAAAUUCCUUCCCCAUAGCGGAGGGUGUUAGAUUAACCCUUAUCUCAAAAUAAUUUAUGUAUCUGUAGAAAUGCUACUGGCUACUGUGAAGUCUGCGCAUGAGCCGGACUGCUUCGUUGUUUUUGUUGAAAUGCAUUAUGGGACUGGUUAGGGGGGGAGUUGUACCCAGUUCCCUGCAUAAAUUCAUAGCAUUGUAGUCAUGAAAAAGAGAGGUGGUAGCAACCUCAAAACAACUCCAUUGUGCAGUUCGACACAAGGUUGACCCAAUCUUACUUUCAGACUCAAAUGGGCAACACGGGUGUAUACACCUAUUUCAAUAAAAGUGUGUAUACACCUAUUUCAAUAAAAGUUGCUUUGGGAAUCGUGCUUUGGUCUUUGAAAGCCAUUGUUUGAUGGUCACCCGAGCAAAGCAUUGCGUUGUAUUCUGCGUUUCAAUGACCAAAUCCCAUGGCAGCCUUUAUUGAAAUAGGUGUAUACUCUUAGGGGAUAACUAAGGCUUUUGCGCCAGUCUGAUCCUAAGGUGGUUCGACUGUAUUUUAUGGGGAGGAUGCCUCCCAAGUUUUAGCAUUUACAUGUACUACGUUGUCAUUCAAAGGCGUCGGAAAAACGUUACCACAGCUGUAUAAUAUAAAGAUUAAAAUCUGUUUUGAUCCAUGUUCCAUUGACAUCGGAGUUGCCAUGGCAUUGUAAUGACGCCGUUGCGUUUUUUCACUACCUAAAGCCCUUGUAUUUAACCAGCAGUUUCUUACCUCCCUUGGCUACCUUGAUCAUGGCAAAGUUUGAACAGUUUCUAUGAUUUGCUUGUGAAUGGAGCAAGGAAGUGUUUGGACUGAUGAUCCUUUUUACCCUUUAUAAUUUUCUUUUACGUUGUCUAACUGUUUAUUAUUAUUAUUAUUACUAUUAUUAUUUUUAAGGAUCUAGUCAUAGGAAUUUGAUUAUAAUCAGAUUUUAUUGACAUAUUUAUUUACUUAUUUUGUUUUAAAGGUUACAAAGGGAGCUUGAACGAGUGAAUAAAACGUGGGAAAUGAAGGUCACCAUUUUACAACAAACGUGAGUAGAAGUUCAUCUCAUGUCCAGUCCAACAUCUAACCCAUGGAUGUCUGAAUGAAAUGAGACGGGUCAAAUUGAAAUGAAUUCUAUAACUGUUCAUUUCUUUCGUUUGACGAUGUGCUAUAUUCAGCAAGAGAGAUUCAGCUCGUAGUAGAAUCCUGGAUUUUAACAUUUAAGUGAAAGCUGCUGAGCACCACUUUCCUAUGGUGCUCUUCAUUAUGAUAUGCCAUACCGCCCUAAACCUUUUGCUUUUUUACCGUCAGACUUCACGCACUGAAAGACGAGAGUUUCUUAAGAACGUCACUGCAGAGACAGGCCGCCCGGCUACAGCAGGCUGCUGUGGUGUAUGCGGUAGGAACAGGACAAUUUGUUUAAUACAUAUACCAUAUUUCCUCGAAUAAUAGCUGUCCCUCGAUUAAUCGCCUCCCUCGAACAAUUUCCCCCCCCCCCCCACCCCUCUUAGAGGGAAAUAAUGAAAAUAUUCGCCUCCCUCUAAUAAUCUUCCAAACCCACCCCUCUCGCCAUCUUCUCUUUCUUUUAUCCCCUCCCUGUCAAGUUGAAGUGGAGUCUGAUACAGCGAAACUGAUCAUUGACGAUUCAAGCUCUUCCACCGAGGAUAUUGACACUGAAAACUAAUCAAGGAACUAAAUUUGGAACACUUAGAAAGCCUAUGUUCAGUUUAUUUGAUGCGAUCAUUUUUUGGUUUAAUGGGAUAAUAUAACAAAAUAUUUAGGGCACGACUUCCUGAGAGCAAAAUUUCAAUUAAUCGCCCCCCUUUUUGUGCGAAAAAAGAAGGAAAACUCCCCCCGGCUAAUAUUCGAGGAAAUAUGGUUGUAGUAGCUUAUUCCAUGCUAAUAAAUGUUUCAAUCUCUGCACUAGUUUUGUAAUCUUGUUGAUAUCAAGAGAGGAUAAAGGCCCUCUUGCUGAUAUUUAUUUGCUCUCUUACUCAUAGAGUGAUGGUCCCGCAGUAAUCGUCUCAGAAAGAAAAGGUGUACCUGGACGAAUUUUUAAAACUAUAGUAAGUAUAUAGCUGAUUUACUUAAAGUUGAUUUGGUAAUUGGGCACUACGACGCUAUCGUUUGGUUGUUACUCAGGCAAAUCUUUGGAUUGUUUUGUAUGCCUAAAUGCCCAAUGCCCAAAUCCAACUUUAUUGAACCAGCUUUAUGACAAGGAAUGGUUACAGUGCUACUAAGUUGACCAGCCGGAUUACAGAAAAAUAACAAUACAUUCCAAGAAAGUUGGUUGUCGGGUAAUCAGCACCUCGCGAAAAAACAAUAAGUUACUCUAUGCACAAAAUUUAAUAUUGAUACCAAACGGUUUUCAGGAAAGCAAAAUGUUUCACCAGACAAUGUUUUUCUAUCCGAAACUUUGCAUACAACACCCAGGAGACGGGACUUUGACACAAGCUGUUAUUUUGUCAUCUACCAGCAAUUUCUUCGCUCCUGUUGCCGCCUUUUGCAAUAAUAUGCGACCGCAAGUCAAAAAUAUAACUGUCGUCUACGUUUCUCCCGUCCUAUACUCACUCUAACGGACCUCUCGGAAAACACGUGCUUUCUUCAGCGGGCUCAAAAGGUCACGUUCUAAUUGGUUGAUUUCGAUCAAUGUUCUUUAUUUCGUUUCAUGAUAAAUAUGAUUGACAACUAACUUUCUUGGAGUGUAUUGUUAUUUUCCUGUAAUCCAAUUGGACAGCUUUGUCUCGGUGGCCCGGUUAUAGUAGUCGCACUGUAAGUCAUCAAUGAGAACAAACAACGUUUCGAUUUGAUUACUGUCUCGUGUUAUUGUUCUGAACUAGUCAAGCAAUUGUACUUUUUUCCUUCAAUUUAAUCCUGUUUUAGAUCACUUAAUCAUAAUUCGUGAUCAGGAUAAAGGGUUCAUUUUUUGUGCGUUCCACCAUAUUAAGUUUUUCCUUCUUUUUCACGUUUUUAUGGCACGAAUACUAAAACAGAAAAACCAAGUGAUACAAAAACAAAAAGAAAAAGAAAAAAUAAUUUAAAAAAAUGAAAAGCGUGUAAAAACUACAGUAAGAUUCAGGUUUGAAUAGGAUUUAUCCCUUCUUCAAGUCUGUCAGUUGCAACCAGCAUCGUUGUCAGUCCCCUCCGUGCGCUAGUUCGGAUUUAAUGCCACCUCUCAAGCUUAUUGGGACUCGGCUCCAAGCCUCCUCCGCUGUUUCGCAUAACUUGGUUUAGCCUUUGGAACCAGGCUCAAUAGGCCAUUUUCAAGUUCCAAAAACUCUCACUUUGAAAACGAGGCUAAGGGCAAAACCUUUCUCUUGAAAAUUAGUUUUUAUUUGCAUGAGAAAAACAACUCAUUUUCAUAUCAAUAGCUUUGCACUUAGCCUCGUUUUGUUUGUUUUGUUUUGUUUUGUUUUGUUUUUUUAAGGAAAGACCUGGUAAAGCUAAAGAGACGGUACCGUUCACUAAAGCUGACAGACUAGGGGCAGGUAAGAACUAGAAAUUCAGGAUAUAUCCCGAAGUGUUGUGCAGGAUAUAUCUCUAAGUGAUCCUAAGUGCAUGUAUUUCUUUUGUUUGUUUGUUUGUUUUUUUACUUACCUGUACUAUUAAUAUUUGUCUCUGAAAAGCCUCCAUGGGGAGUUGACAAUAAAAUUUGUAUUGUAUUGUAUUGUACGGACCUAUUCGUAGUUAGCCCUCUGCUCCCGGGUUCAAUAAUUUGCGAAGGUUCAUAACAAUGUUGUUAUCGAAUGUAUUACCAACCUUUUUCUUCUUUCAGUUCAUUUUUUGUUGUAUCAACUUAUUUAUUUUCUAUUUAUUUACAGACUCGCCGUUCAGCGAAGAUCGUCCCACUCCCGCUCCACAGAUCGAAGCUGAUCCACCCCCGUAAGUUGCUUGUAUUCGUAAACAAUAAUGGCUUAACCGGAACUGCAGGAUUUCUACCCAAACAACACUUGGUAUCUUCUGUAGACAGCCGCUAUUGAAUUCCCGCCCCCUCUCUCCCCCCUUGAACCGGGGUUAACAUAAGAUUCCAUCGGCCCAAACCCCUUCGGAUACCUCGUGAAGUUUACACAACGUAGGAUUCCUUAUCGCUUCGGCUUCGGUUUUGAGCACUGACUCUAGUGAUUAGGGUUAAGCAAUACCGAUUAGGGUUAAGCACUGAAAAUAACUGUUAGAGUUAAACACUGACUCCUUCUAUUUAGGGUUAGGGUUGUUACUAUAUGAGUUCAAAUCAGAUCCAUCCUAGCCUACCAAUGGUCAGUGGUCUACUAGGAAGGUGAUGGACUGCAGACUCUACACUCUGGGUUCGAUACCCACUCACCCUCUUCGGAAUUUUUAUUUUCCCUUAAAAAUUGAAGAGACACACACUUAACCUUUUACUUUGUCUUUACAUAAAGAUGACUUUUUUUGUCAUAUGUCCGAACAAGUCACCAUAUUUGUCAGCAAAUCAGAAAAGAACAUUUCGAACAUAAAUUAUGUUGACAAAUCAAUGGAUAUCGAACCAAUGGGUGAAAUAUAGGUACUUAUUUGCAGGACAAGCAAUGACGAAUCCAGCGUAAAUGCAAUUCCAGAAAACGGUGGUGUUUCUGCUCAGGAAAGGAAUGGACAUUCUUCCAUAUCAUCUCAGCCGAUUGUCCAGCCUGUUCAGUGA